AUGUACAGCUUUAUGGGAGGGGGCCUCUUCUGUGCUAUAGUGGGGAACAUCCUGCUUGUGGUCUCCACGGCCACAGACUACUGGAUGCAGUACCGCCUGUCUGGCAGUUUUGCCCACCAGGGCCUGUGGCGGUAUUGCAUGUCUGGGAAGUGCUACAUGCAGACGGACAGCAUCGCUUACUGGAAUGCCACACGAGCCUUUAUGAUCCUGUCGGCUAUGUCAUGUUUUGCUGGAAUCAUUGCCGGAAUUCUCUCUUUUGCUCACUUUUCUGCAUUUGAGAGAUUCAACCGCUCCUUCGCUGCAGGGAUCAUGUUUUUCAUUUCAACUCUCUUUGUUCUGCUGGCAAUGGCUAUCUAUACUGGGGUGACAGUGAAUUUUCUUGGGAAGCGUUUUGGUGAUUGGCGCUUCUCCUGGUCUUACAUACUUGGCUGGGUUGCCCUACUCAUGACAUUUUUUGCAGGUAUAUUUUACAUGUGUGCCUAUAGGAUGCAUGAGUGCAGGAGAGUGGCUGGCCCGCGCUAA